AUGGAGUUUGAUCUAGACUUGCUGCGGAAACAGGUGGAAGCCGAUCCGUAUCAAACCACUCGCGAACUGACCGUCUCUCUUGGGGUGAAUCAAACCGCGGUUGUUUGCGGAUUGAAGUCAAUUGACGGGGUGCGAAAACUAGGUCGAUGGGUGCCACAUGCUCUGACACAGUAUGACGUGGACCGCCACGCUGAUAUGGCACUUUCCCUCCUCAUGCUCAAGCGCAUCCACACGUGGCUUGAGCAUCUAGUCACGUCGGGGGAUGAGAAGUGGAUUAUCUACCCUAAUUCUAUUAUCUUUAUCUUAUUCGCCGGCAUGCCCAAUGGGUUGACAAAGGCUCUUCGUGGCGUGAAUCUAGAGGAGCGGCAGGCUAGACUAAAGAAUCUUGCCAAAUUGUAUUUCGGAAACACUACAAGUACGAUACGGCAAAAUAACAAUGUUGCCUCUGCUGUGAUUGACGUCGAUGUUAAAGAAUUCGUCACAGGUUCAAUAAAUGAUCCUAGCAUAGAGGAGAUUAAUCGGAAAGAAGGUGUCUCUGAGUUCCUUUUCCAAGGUGAUAUUAAUUUGACCGACGAACAAUUAGACUGGAUAGAAAGGAAUAUAGACAUCAGAAAAAACACCCGAAGUAAACGUCAAGUGGACAGCGGCGCACGUCUUUGGAGUAAUAAUCGUGUCUUCUACUUCUUUGACAUCAGCAUAGGUACGAGGCCUGUAUAUCAGUGA